AUGCCCGAGAACAAGCCAAUCGAUGAAAAAACCAAGUUACAAAGUGAAACCUACAAGCCCAUAUCUGAAAGAGAAAUGGAGGAAGAAGCGGCCUCGAGAAGCAAAACUGACAAAUCGAAGUUCAAGGAACCUGAUGGAGCAGACGAAAGAAUGUUGUCCAACGAAGACAGCAAAGUUUCGGUAAAUUCCGAGAUUCCCAUGAAAGAUAUCAAAAUUGUAAUGACCGAGAAGAACGGGGAUGCUAAAGUCGAAGAAGAAGACGAAAAAAAGUUCGGGGGCCUCUCCAAAGAGGAACUCAUGAAAUUCGCCAACGAUCCGUUUUGGGUGCGAUUGCGUUGGUUCCUUUUCAUCACAUUUUGGGUACUCUGGGCCGCCAUGCUCUUCGGAGCCAUUAUGAUUAUCUACGCAGCGCCUAAAUGCGAUCCACCACCGCCCAGAACAUGGUGGCAAGUUGGACCGCUCGCUGAAGUCAAGGACAGCAUAAGCUCGGAGAAGAUGAAAUCUUUGACUAACAUCAAAGGGUUGAUAAUAUCGUUCAAUGAUGACCCCUAUCAAUCGGUGAACGAUUCACAUGCCGUUAUUCAGCUGAUCAAAGAUGCGCAAGAGGCCGGUAAAAAAGUGAUAAUCGAUUUGGAUCCCUCGACAACUAACAUGUGGUUCGAAGAAAGCCAGAACAAUAAUUCGCUAUACGCGGAUUAUUACAUAUGGAAGAAGCCCAAGUACACCGGAGACGUUCGCGAACCGCCCAACAAUUGGAAAUACCUAAACAACACUUCGUCGUGGGUGUAUUCCCCGAAACGCAACCAGUAUUACUACGCUCCGUUGUCGGCCCCGCACCUGAACUUCCGCAAUCCGGCGGUGGCGGAGGAGUUCGCUGGGGUCGUGAAGAAGUUCGCGAAGCUCGGGGCGUCGGGCGUCCGCGUCCGGAACGCCCCGUUGCUGCUGGUCGAUCCGAAUUUCGAGGAGGAGACGCUGAUAACGAACAAAGUGGGCAUCAACAUUGGCGAGCCGGGCUUCUUCGUGCCGUCGAAGACCCGCGAUCUGCCCGACGUGGGUAGUUUGCUGUUCAAUUGGAAUAAGGUGGUGAAGAACGUGACCGAAGGCGGCCCGUUGAUGAUAGACGAAGAGAUAAGUAAAAUAAAUUCUUAUACGGUUUUUAAGAACGUCGUCGUGGAUCUGCCGCUGUUGGUGAACGUUUUCAGUAAACCCAACGUGACGGCUAUCGUUCAGAAAUUGAACGAAACGUUUAAAGUUGAUAACAUUAAAUGGCCUCUGUGGAAGGAAAAUAAUUCAUCUUUACCUUCGGAUGUGGUUGAAAUUGUUACAAACCUUUUGCCGGGUGCGACACUUGUGGAUGUAAAUACCACCACUGAUGCAGCUAUAAGUAAAAUCAGAGAUUCUCCGUCGAUCAUGAGGGGAAAUUGCGAUAUGUACUCCAUCAACAACGACACCGUGUUCGGGUUUAUCAGGGAAAUAGCUGGUAAUCCUGGUGUCCUCGUUUUACUGAACACUGCCAACAAAUUGGCCACUGUUAAUAUCAACCAAGAUAUACCGCCUUUAUCGAAAUUAGAGGAGGUUACCAUACAGUAUUACAGUCAAAAUUAUAAUGUCACGGAGUAUAAGGAUAUCGGCGCCAAGAAGGGUGUAACCGAUAUUCCAUUAGCUCCAAAGUCAGUUUUAGUUCUUCAGUACGUUCCAAAGAAAGAAUAA